UGUCAUCUGUUGUUUUUGUUCCUAUGGGCAGCUGAUAUAUGAGGUGCGGUCGUAGUUUGUAACAUUGAUCUUAAAAGACCUGACAAAAAGACGUUUAUUGAGUGAUACACGGGGGUCUGUUUAAUGGGUGCCGUAGAAAGCACCGAAGGGGAAAGGGAACCUUUGCUGGUUCCAUCCCAGCCAUCGACCAACACACAGCCAGUGCUUAGCCGGGUGUAUGGAAGAAGAUGGGUUGUUCUUACCAUGUUUUCAUUGCUGGGAUUCAUGCAAGGACUGGUGUGGAACACAUGGGGCCCGAUACAAAACUCAGCCAAGCAUGUGUUUGAGUUUUCAUCCACAGAUAUCGCGGUGCUGGUGAUGUGGGGUCCAGUGGGCUUCCUUCCCUGGCUGUUGUUUAUCUGGCUGAUGGAUAAGAAAGGUUUGCGAGCGUCUCUGCUACUGUCAGCGCUCUUCAUGGUGCUGGGCACAGCGAUCAGAUGUGUGCCACUCAAAGACCUGCAUUACAGACGAUGGUUAAUUCACGGAGGACAACUUCUGAAUGGUUUAGCUGGUCCUACCAUUAUGAGUGCUGGUCCUCUCCUAUCUACCACUUGGUUUGGUCCAGAUCAAAGGGCCACAGCCACCGCUAUCGCCUCACUGAUCGGAUAUCUGGGGUCAGCCGGAGCCUUUCUGAUUGGGCCGUUGGUCGUCCCCGCACCCAACGAAACCCAUAUAGCAAGCGGCACCAUCCACCUGGACCAGAACCAUAUUAAAGACAGGAUACAGUUUGUUCUUUACUCAGAGUUCGGCAUGAUCGCGGUACUUUUCGUGGCUGUCCUCUUCUACUUCCCGUCCAGACCUCCCAUUCCUCCCAGCGUGGCAGCGGCCAGCCAGCGUCUCAGCUACAGGAGCAGCAUCUGCAGACUGCUCAGCAACAGGCGGUUCCUGAUGAUAGCACUCGCCUACUCCGUACCCACAGGCGUUGUUGCCGGCUGGGCCGGCGUGCUGGAUAUGAUUCUUACACCUGCCAAAGUUAACCAGGUGGAUGCCGGUUGGAUUGGGUUCUGGUCCAUUGUUGGAGGCUGUGUAUUUGGUGUGGCCAUGGCUAGGUUCGCUGACUCUAUUCGAGGAAUGCUGAAGCUCAUUCUGGUGCUCAUGUUUGCAGGGGCGUCCUUGGCGGCCACCUGGUUCACUCUCACCUGUCUAAGCAGACUCACUCACCUGCCCUCCACUAAAGCCACUCUCUACGCCUCCUGUAUCCUGGUGGGUAUCUUCAUCAACAGCAGCGUGCCCAUUUUCUUGGAGCUGUUAAUCGAGACGGUUUACCCUGUGCCCGAGGGCAUCACCUGUGGUGUGGUCACCUUUCUCAGCAACCUCUUCACUGGACUUUUGCUGUUCUGUCUUACAUUUUACAUCACAGAGUUAUCAUGGUUGAACUGGUGUCUAACAGGUUCCUGCAUCGUCAGUCUCCUCCUCCUCCUCUUCUUCAGGGAAUCAUACGACCGCCUUUAUUUGGACAUCUUUGUUUCGGUCUGAGCACGGAAGCUUAUCUUUAACAGACGACCGAAGUCUUGCCUUUUGUGGGAAACUCUGUUGCAAACAAAAGGAAGAGCACACGACAGCUCAUUUUUAUGGAUCUCUGUUUUUAAAAGAUGUUGUGAAAUAUUGGCUGUGACCAGCAGUGCAUUGUGUUAGCAUCAUAACUACGGAAACAGAAAAUGAAGGAGAAAGGAAGUGUAGAUCCGUACCUUUGUACUUUACCUUUGCCUUUCAUUUUUGUUAUAUUUUGUCGGUUAUUUUACAGUUUUUUUAAAGUAUCAUUAUAUGUUUACAUACUGUCAGCGUGAGAGAGACUUAGAGAUGCUUAGAGAUACUGGCACGAGUUGAUACUCGUGGAUUUGGCAGUGCCCCAUGGUGAGGGCUCCUACAGCGUUCUCGCGACAUCUAAUGGGAGCGUAAUGGAUAAUUAUAGACAAGCUUAAUUAGCUGCCUGGCGGGAGAUCCCGCCGUCUGUGAUCGGGACCUCUUAGUUCUCUAAUGUCACUUGUGAAUAGCCUAUGGGAUGCAGGCUCUAAUUGACCCGUGAUAGGCCUGUCAAUAAGUGACAUAUGCAGUUUUCCUGUUUUUCUUAGCAAUCCAUAUUAUGCAGAGGAUAGUUUAACCCCCAUACUCCUUUUUUCUGUGGGACUUAGCUAGCAGGCUAACAAAUAUAGCGUGGAAUUCUGUGGUAAGGCAAGCCUUUUUAAGCCUGGAUCCAAAUGUACCGCACAUUACCUCAAGGUUUCUGAGGUUGUCAAAGAGAGAGGUAUCGUAUUCAAUGAAAUAUAGUAGCAGUUCGGUUAAAAACUGUAGCAUGCACAAAGUGGGUGUCUGUUGCACAAGUCUGCAUUUUUUUUGUUUUGUUUGGAGGAGAAAUGAAAUAGAAUUUUGUGCAAUCUGUCAUGUCUUCAUCUGAUUUAAAUGUAAUUUAUUGACUCAGUUUAGGGAUUAAUACACUAAUGUUGACAAAAGGGGACUGUUAAUGGUUUUUACGUCUAAAUGUUAUUGCAGAACAGCGUUUUAAACAUGACGCUACGGACUUCUGGACUAGUAAAGCUCUGUUCACCAGGCCGUGAAGUUGACCGUUCGUGAUUUGUGAAUUGUGGCAUAACCUCAAGCAACGAAGAGUGCAGUAUUCCCUCUGAACAUCUGACCCAUGAACUCGGUUUAAUGAGAAGUAGAUCACUGCUUUCACUCGAGUGGUGGAAGCGUUUCUCUACUGUUGAUCUACUCUCUCUGUCUCUUCAAGUAUUCCCCUGAGCCCUUUUAAAAUGACCCCUGUCUGAUUCCGGGUUGUGUCACCUGCAUUAGCUGCGUGAAAUGUGUAAUUUGGUGUCUCGAGACUUCUCCAAAGGCAGAAUGUCUAAAGAGGAUCGGUGCUGGACUUUGUAUCGACCUCAGUGAGUUAGACAACCGUUUCACUGUUAUCAGCGAUGGAAAAAAGAAAAGCAUUUUAUGGACAUAUUAAAUCAUUUUAGCACCCACAUUUGCAACAACUUGGAAACACAGUUCUGUUCUUUUCUUGUUAAAACACUUUUUCUUUUAACUGUACAGAAGGUUCUGUCUCUUACCUGCCGUUAACAUUGGAUUAAUUACCAGUAACCUUCGUGUUUUGUCUUUUACUCUACUGUGAUGUCUGCUUGUGCUUUGUUCUGUCAUUGGAACAUUAAUCUUACUGUAAGUGGCACUGGUCGCACAUGCCCUUGUCUUUAUGCAAAUACAUGUCGAGGAUUUUUAGCACCUUAUUAAAAAGACGUUUUUAAAAAUAAA